CCGGCGUCCCACCUGGGCGAACCGGCCGAGACAUGGGCUCUGGGCAAGCCGGUUGGGGCGUGGGAGCCCAACGAACCGGCAGAAGCGUGCGAGCCGGCUGAGGCAUGGAAGCCAGACAAUCCGACUGAGGCAAGACGCCUGUCGAUCUCGCUGCAGAGAGGGAGCCCGAUGAUCCGGUGGAGAGUGAUGUGGGAUGGGAAGCCGCCGAGCCAACCGAGGCAAGGAAACCUCUCGAGCCAGCCAGGGCGUGGAAGCCUGACAGGCUGGCUUAGGCACCCCCAGUUCCAUCGGCGGCAGAAUCCUCCCCAACGUCACCAACAAAACAAAAAAAACUCCUGGACCGGCUGGGCGAACAAGAACUGACGAUCCGGCUGAGGCCUGACGUGGGAUGGGCGCCAUGCGAGCCAACCGGGGCAAGGAAAGCUCUCGAGCCAGCUAGAGCGUGGAAGCUCAACGAGCUGGCUAGGCACCCCCGGUUCCAUUGGUGGCGACCCAGAGCCGAUGUCACCAUACCAACCGGAACGCCAAUACUCCCCGAUGCUUUGUGUGAUGGCUGAUGCAUUCUGUCACAUGGGGAGUCAAACAUUUAAUAAGGAACGAGACAGAAACAGCGUCAGCAUACAAGAAAACAAAGACAAAAAACAAUCAAUGCAUCAGCAGGGAACAGAGCAGGGAAACUGACAAAUAUAUGGGAGGUAAUAAACAGAUGAUAGGUGAGUACAAUAUCGCUGAAGCGCGUGACGAGGGAAGGCAGGUGUGCAUAAUUGAUGGCAGAAGUGCAUGAUGCAUCAAGCGCCAGGGGAGGGAAGAGCGGGAGCAGAUGUGACAAUUGGUUUAAUUGAAAAUGUGAGCUAAUCAAAUUUAGUUAUGUAUGUAACUAGCUACUGUUAAUUCAAUGUGAGUAUACAAGUUCAAGUGUUCCUGCAAUUUACUUUAUUACUUUAGAUUUUAUUUAUUCGUUCUCACUGGACAUUUCAGUCUUAUUUACGACUAAUCUGGUCUGUAAUUUGUAAUUCAUUACAACCAAUUCCAUUACUUCUAACCCAGUGCAAGUUGUGUGAUGUUCCCUUUUCUUAGUUUCCUAGUCUAUCCAGUGGGCUUGACUACAAUGAGCCCACUGUCACUGAUGCAGAGGGAGCUUUAACGAUGAACUUCUCUAACAAGGUCCAUCAUCAGGUCUCUAUCUGAUUGGACGAGCCUAUACAAGCCUCCUGUCCUGGUUUCUAUGGUGAAGGUGAUGGUAGACAAUGAGCUGCUGGGCUAUGCCUGUGAACAGUUCCUGGGGAAAUCUGUGAUGGAGAUAAAGAGUGUCAUUCUGCAGACCCUGGAGGGUCAUUUACGCUCUAUUCUCGGUACUCUGACGGUGGAGCAGAUCUACCAGGACAGAGACAGAUUUGCUGCUCUGGUGAGGGAGGUGGCAGCGCCCGACGUGGGCCGCAUGGGCAUCGAGAUCCUCAGCUUCACCAUCAAGGAUGUUUAUGAUAAAGUGGAGUACCUGAGUUCCUUGGGGAAGAGUCAGACAGCUGCAGUACAGCGAGACGCAGACAUCGGAGUGGCCGAGGCAGAGAGAGACGCCGGAAUCAGGGAAGCAGAAUGUAAGAAAGAGAUGAUGGACAUCAAGUUCCAAGCAGAUACCAAGAUGGCCGACUCUAAGAGAGGGUUGGAGAUGCAGAAGGCUGCUUUCAAUCAAGAAGUCAACACGAAGAAAGCAGAGGCCCAGCUGGCCUACGAGCUACAGGCUGCCAAGGAGCAGCAGAAGAUCCGUCUGGAGGAGAUAGAGAUCGAGGUGGUUCAGAGGAAGAAGCAGAUCACCAUUGAGGAGAAGGAGAUUGACCGCACUGAGAAGGAGCUGAUCGCCACGGUCAAGAGGCCGGCCGAGUCUGAGGCCUACAAGAUGCAACAGCUGGCCGAGGGACAGAAGAUGAAGAAGGUGCUGACGGCCCAAGCGGAGGCAGAGAAGAUCCGUUGUAUCGGAGAGGCAGAGGCCGGUUCCAUAGAGGCUAUAGGGAAGGCUGAGGCUGAAAAGAUGAGGCUGAAGGCUGAGGCCUACCAGCAUUAUGGAGAGGCUGCCAAGACUGCUCUGGUCUUAGAGGCCCUGCCUAAGAUCGCUGGCAAGGUGGCGGCACCCCUGGCCCAGACCAAUGAGAUUGUUAUCCUGAGCGGGGACGGUAGUCGUGUGACCGGCGAGGUUAACCGCCUAUUGGCUGAGCUCCCCGUGUCCGUCAACGCCCUCACAGGGGUGGACCUGAUGAAGAUCCCUUUUCUUCAGAAGAUGACCAACCCUCAAGCAUGAAAACAAUCCAAUGCACCCUGACUCCAAUACAUCUCUCUUAUGCACGGUUUAAAUCAACAAGAAACACUUCAAUACAAGAGUUGUUUUUUUUGCUACGAAAGAGUAGAGUCGUUUUCAUUUCCUAGACCCCUGGUGCCUUAGCUCUAUAGGACCAGAUCAUCUGCAUGGACCACUGAAUGUUUUUCUUUUAAAGAACAAAAAAAAGCAACCGUUCAUUUUAUAUUUUGUUUUUAAGAAGUUACCCCCAUUGUGUUGUACUUACACUCGUCUACAUUAUAGAAAAGGGGCAUUCAUCCUGAUUUUUCUGUGCAGGCCUUAUUCUAGUCUGAAAGGUCUCGCCAGGUCUUCACCUUGUGUCUUUGUAGUUUUUUUCAUUGUGUUACACAGUACCUUGGAUAUGCCCAUGGUUUUUUACAGUUACUUGUGCAAGUGUUUUUAAGAAUUUCGUCACCCAUUUUUAUUGUUUCAUUAUGUGCAGUCAGUGCCUGUUUACCAACCAAGUGGCCAAACCUCAGGAAAAGUAAUGGUUUGGCAAUUCAAAAUGUUUAGUGAUACUACAGUGAAAUUCAAUGAGAGAUGUAGAAAUGUCCUCCCCCAUCUUCAUAUCAUUUGCCUUUUUCUUUACUAGAAUCUUCACUUCAUUCUUCAUCUUGGGUAUGGGAGAGGUGUGCCUUCUUAGGACAAGACAUGCAACAUGCAGAUAGCAUACACAUGAACACGUGUGCAUCGAUCUUCAUGUCUGUAUGAAGCCAUAUACUUUCAAGAUUAGCCUUAAUAUAGAGACCCAGGAGUCCUGCUAGCUUUCCUGAUCAUCUGGAUUACCUCAGUCAAUCUAAGAUUUAAUACUUGUUCUACUUCUUUCCAAUUAUUGAGAUGUCAUAUGACAUAAUAUGCAUUUCAGUCCCUUAGGGUAGCCAAUGUUGUGUUAUGUCACCUUGUGGUUCCAUUCUUAAAUGACAUAUACAUUUUUAUAAAGGAUUUAUCUCUA